AUGUUCGACCGAAUGACUGGCAAUGGUAAUGGAAAUAAGAUGAAUAUGCGCAUUUCCAUCUUGGACGAGUUGCUCAAUCGGGAAAUGGACGGAAGCAGUGAUGGGUCGUCAGCCAGAGUCAAUUCGCUGAAGCACGUGAUCAAGAGAAAUAAAAUGGAUAUGGCUGACGAUGCACCAUCUUCUCUAGAUCUCAUGAGACGAAUAUUUCAAGCCGAAAUCUCUCGAGAAAUUCAUCAGAUCAUGGAAAGGCAUACGAGAACUACACUCUGGCCAGCCAUCGAGAAUUUGAGAAAGAACGGACACGUUGUAGAUGAAUCGGUACUGAAUGGAUUGUACUGUAACAUUCUGGAGGCAGCGAAGAAACUGUAUCAGACGAAGGAGGAUGAGCCAACGCCACCACCAACUAAUGGAAACGGAUUCUUGGAUAUUGGUCUUGGUGUGGGGAUUCAAGAUCAGGACAGCCAUGACAAUAAUUUGAAAAGAGGAUACGAGUCAGACAGCUCUGAUGUGUCUGGAGUCAGUCAUUGCUCUGACGCAAAACGUCGUCGUGGAAGGCCACGAAAAGACGAAGAGGCAUAUCGACUGGAAAUGACGCCACCGACAAUGAACGAGGUUAUUAGAUGGAAUCCGGACCGCAUUGAUAUGAACACUCGUUUUGUGACUGCAACGAAGAUCGCGCAAGUGCUGGGAAUGCCACCGUCGAUUCUGUUCAACAAAUAUCCACGGAUGUUUAGAUACUCGUGCGACGAAGACGAUAAGAACAUUCUUCACGAUCAAAACCGGCUGAUUCGGGCACCUGGUAGAUGCUAUCUACUCGCUGCUGAAGACGCCCGUCAACUCGUGUCCCCUAACUAUUUUCAAGACAUCCUCAAUGCAUCAUUCCUCAUCUCUGAACCACUGCUUUCAAAAAUUCGAAACAAAGCUGCAGCCACCUAUGAUAAGUACAAAGUGUUUCUCCCUCAACAACAGUCCAGUUUCAUCUAA